UGGUGGCGGAGGGGCGGGGGAAGCCAAAGGCACUUCAGCCUUGUCUGGCCCCCCCAACCACCAAAGCGCGUCCCUCCCCCAGCUAAAAGGAGUGGUCGCCAAGCUCCUGCGCUGCACCCACUGACCCCAAGGCGCGAGGUGCGGUCUCGCUGUAUAUUCCUGGAGCAGAGGGUAGCGCAAUUACCCCCGCCCCCGUCCUCCUGAUCCAUGCACAGGGAGACCCACGCCCUGCGGCGGCCCCCCAGGCCUCCCUGCAACACCCGGUAAUGCAAUCCACGGGGGCGGGGGAGGCGGCGGCAGCGACAGCAACGACGGCGGCGGCGGCAGCAGCAGCACUGCCUCAAUCUAGAGACAACCAGAAAGCGGAGGAAAAUGGCUCCGAGCAGGGACCGCCUGCUGCACUUUGGGUUCAAGGCGACAGUGAGUGAUAGGGAAAGGGAGUUGGGUGGCCGGGAAGGACAUACGUGGCUGCACAGGCUACCGGGGAAGAAGCGACAAGACUUAGGGGGCUGGGAGGACUUGACAGAAAGCUCAAGUGCUUGCUGGGUGGGUGCGUGCUGUCUGCCGGCGAAGGGGAUUAGAUGGGCUCCAGUACUAAGUGCAGUUGUCCUGCUUUCCUCACUCGCGAGCACGCGCGUACUCACACCCUCCCCACAGCCCCUCCCAUACACAAAUACACACAGACAGAUAGGCACUUCCCUUCCUCUCCUUCUCGCGGUGGGCUUGCGUGGCUCGGAGGCAAGAGCCGGCUCGCGCCGCCGCCGCCGCGCUCCGGCUGCUCCCGGGCGGACAGUCGCGGACUGCGCCCGGGAGUGGGGGAGGGGUGGUCCCGCGCCGCCGCCGCCGCCGCCGCCGCGCGCUCCUCCUCCUCCCCUCCCCACGCCGUUCCAGGGCCCGGGCGGCUCUGCCCAAUGAGGAGCGGCGUUGCUGGCAGGUGGGGAGUGUUUUUGUUUUGGGUUGAAGUUGAGGCUGAGGAGAGAGAAGAGCUAGCGACGAGCAGUCGUCGCCGCCGCCGGCUCUGCGGGAGGUGGAGGAGGCCCCGCCGGAGCCGAGAGGUUUCCCCUCCCCGCGAACGGCCCCUGCCCGCCGCUCCUCUACCUCUUCCCGGUCCCGGAACUCCGGGGCCUGCCCGGGGCCCCAAUCUUUGCACUCCGCACGCCGCAGCGCCCGGCCCCGGCCGCACCCGCCGGCCUCAUGAGGAGGGACGUGAACGGAGUGACCAAGAGCAGGUUUGAGGAAACUGGGGAUUUUUUUCUCCAAGAAAAUGGAAGCUGAGGGUUCUGGAUCCAGGAACAUCAGAUGCAUGAAGAGGAUAGGGGUUUGGAGCCAAGGAAUUAAAUGAAAAUCUGCAUACAGACUGAUGUUCUCAAAUAGUGAUGAAGCUGUAAUCAAUAAAAAACUUCCCAAAGAACUCCUAUUGCGGAUAUUUUCUUUUCUGGAUGUUGUUACUUUGUGUCGCUGUGCUCAGGUCUCCAGGGCCUGGAAUGUUCUGGCUCUGGAUGGCAGUAACUGGCAGCGGAUUGACCUGUUUGAUUUCCAGAGGGAUAUUGAGGGCCGGGUAGUGGAGAAUAUUUCAAAAAGAUGUGGGGGCUUUUUACGAAAGUUAAGUCUUCGUGGGUGUCUUGGAGUAGGAGACAAUGCAUUAAGGACUUUUGCACAAAAUUGUAGGAACAUUGAAGUACUGAAUCUAAAUGGAUGUACAAAGACAACAGAUGCUACAUGUACUAGCCUUAGCAAGUUCUGUUCCAAACUCAGGCACCUUGACUUGGCUUCCUGUACAUCAAUCACAAACAUGUCUCUUAAAGCUCUGAGUGAGGGAUGUCCACUGUUGGAGCAAUUAAACAUUUCCUGGUGUGACCAAGUAACCAAGGAUGGCAUCCAAGCACUAGUGAGAGGCUGUGGGGGUCUCAAGGCCUUAUUCUUAAAAGGCUGCACACAGCUAGAAGAUGAAGCUCUGAAGUACAUAGGUGCACACUGUCCUGAACUGGUGACCUUGAACCUGCAGACUUGCUUACAAAUCACAGAUGAAGGUCUCAUUACUAUAUGCAGAGGGUGCCAUAAGUUACAGUCCCUCUGUGCCUCCGGCUGCUCCAACAUCACAGAUGCCAUCCUGAAUGCUCUAGGUCAGAACUGCCCACGGCUUAGAAUAUUAGAAGUGGCGAGGUGUUCUCAAUUAACAGAUGUAGGCUUUACCACUCUGGCCAGGAAUUGCCAUGAGCUUGAAAAAAUGGACCUGGAAGAGUGUGUUCAGAUAACAGAUAGCACGUUAAUCCAACUUUCUAUACACUGUCCUCGACUUCAAGUAUUGAGUCUGUCUCACUGUGAGCUGAUCACAGACGAUGGAAUUCGUCACCUGGGGAAUGGGGCCUGCGCCCAUGACCAGCUGGAGGUGAUUGAACUGGACAACUGCCCACUGAUCACAGAUGCUUCCCUGGAGCACUUGAAGAGUUGUCACAGCCUCGAGCGGAUAGAACUCUAUGACUGCCAGCAGAUCACACGGGCUGGGAUCAAGAGACUCAGGACCCAUUUGCCCAAUAUUAAAGUCCACGCCUACUUCGCACCUGUCACUCCACCCCCAUCAGUAGGGGGCAGCAGACAGCGAUUCUGCAGAUGCUGCAUCAUCCUAUGACAAUGGAGGUGGUCAGCCUUGGUGAACUGAGUAUUUAAUGACACUUCUAGAGUUACAAUGGAGUCUCCAGUGGAAGCAACCCCAGUGUUCUGGGCAAGGGUUACAAAGUGAGGGCAGCGUCCAGAUCCCCAGAGCCGCACAUAACAUGCAUACCCACCCUCACCGCCACCCACUCUAGUUCUGUGACCAGGGGACUGAAGCCCAUGCUGGCUUUAUCAAGUGGAUUGGUGAAACUUAACCAUUCCUGUUGGACAUGCCAAGAAGAAAAUCAUAGGCAAGGCGGAGGGAAGGGGGCAUUCCAGCAAAUGCAGUGUUACUGCUUCUGCAGUUUCUUCAUUUUGUGAAGGGGUUUCUUUGGUGAUUUUGGAACAGCAACUGCAGUUCUCCAGGGUCAAGGAAAGCAUAGAAAAACAAUAUAUGUUGUAUCCAGGGACCAGAAAGAAAAUUUCUUUGCAUCCUAUAAAUGGUAGUCAUCCAUCAUGAGAUGACUACAGAGCUUCUGUGCUUCCUUGUUCCCAUGCCAACAUGUGCUGAGCAUGCUCACAAAGAAGGCUCAUCCAUUCCUCCUCCUGUUUUAAGUAUUUGGCCCAGAGGUUUCCUAAAUGGUUGCACUGAAAUCGCUGUGGUCCAAAUGUGAUGACUUACUCACUCAGAUUGUCACUCUCUGUAGCACACUUGUGCACCUGUCUUUCGGUCUUUGUUGCUCCCUCCUGCACUCUUGCUCAGUCUGUCACCUGUUCAUUGUGUGCUUACUCACACUCGAUUGUUACUCUUUUGCUGUUGCUGUGUUUACAGUGUGCAUUUUGGAUGAUUAGUUGGGGUUACCAAACAUUUUUAAAAGAGACAUUAUCAAUAAAUAUUUUUUUAAUUCUAAAUUUUACCAUUAGGGGACCCUGCCUGAAUCUUUGCCAGUGCGAAGGGAAACUGUCACAAAACCGAGAUAUGGUACGAGAAGAAAUUGAGCUAAAACUGUUUUGAUGAAAACAAACUUUGCCUUUUGGUUUCUGUUAUACCUUGUGAUAUUAUAAUAAUACGCAUGAUAUGCCCAGUAUUCUCCCUGCACCUCCCAUCAGAAUCCACUAACUUAAUAAGGAGAAAGAAAUGCAUUAUUAGUAAAGAGUGGAAUGGCAGAUCCCAAAACUGAGCCCGAAAGCACCCCCCACCCAAGGUUAGACAUGUCAAAUAUUCACUGAAAUCUAGGUGUGAGCAGUACCAUCGCUGAUUGGUGUCUGUGAGAUUGUUUUGUUCUAGUAAGAGUGCUGCUAGAGUUGCUGUGCCGUCUAGCUGGUCAGUUUCUCUCUUUUUUUCCCCCUGUUCCAGCCUUCCAGGGAUACGAGAAUGACCCUAGAACAGUUGCUCAACUGUCUGUCAGUGUUGAUGGUGUAUCUCAAAUGUUGGCACCUCAGAGGACCAGAACCAUUUCAGAACCUGUCAAUGCUAUCUCUCUUGUGCUCCAGGAUUCCCAUGAAGGAAAUCCAAGGGCAGCCAGAUGAAGGCUUUGAGAGGAAGCACGGGGUUCGGUGUCUCUGCCCAGCAUGGGUAGCCGAGCUGAAGGCCUUUUCAGUGCCCAUGAUUCAGAGUCAAAGAAGAGGCUUCCUUCCUUCCCCCCAAAAAGUCAUAAAGGAUGAGGAAACUAAAAUCAGUUUCUAAAGUAUAAGAAGUAGAUUUCUAAAGCCCAAAGUUAGAAACCUUAUGUGGUUUUUUAAUAGGACACCUUUUUUUUUUUUGGUCUUUUAGGACAUUCUUGUGCAGUCUGCCAUGAUCUUAGAUCAUCUUCUGCAUGAUCCAGGCUGUUAAAAGACUUGUUAUAAUGCUGCAGGUGCUGGCUCUACCAGCAUAUGUAAGAAAAAAGUAGGACUGACUUCUCCACAAGCAGUUCCAUGAAAGGAUGCUAGAAAUCUAUAUUGUCCACCAUUAUUUUGCAUGUUAAAUUUACUUUAAGUCCUAUUUUUUAUUAUGCCCUUUUAAAAGCUCAAAUUACUUUUCAUUUUUCAUUAUUCCUUCCCCUUAUCCUCUUUUCAAAAUAUCAUAUGAAGAAUAUACUUAAUUUUUUUUAUUGGAGUAUAGUUGGCAUAGGGAUAUACUCUGUAAAAUGAGACUCCUUCUGGUUAUAACCCACAUACACAGAUGCACACACUUGCACACAUGCUUCCAGAUGUGGUUGAUAAUAUUCAGAUCCCCAGGUAACUCAUUCAGACAAAAGUAAAAAGAGAAAUAUUUAGGGGCCAUCUGCUCUAACAUAUUAAGGUUUUUUUAGUAUUGUCUGAACAAAUUGACCAUAAAACCCUGAUUGGUUAGUGAGUAUGGAUUUAAAUUGCACACCAGUAGAGGCCAUUAAAGUAUUUCUUUACUUAAAAAGUACAUAAAUGUAAAAGACCCUAUUUACCAGGACACGAACAUCUUGGAAAUGCCGUUUCUCAUCUCAAAGAGUGGACCCAUGUGCAGGUGCCUGUGGACUUGUUCAGGUGAUCCCUACCUAUCUGGGCCAAGAGCAGAGUCCAGUGAGAAAAAUGAAGUAUGCAGCACUGGUGUGUAUGUGGCUGGGCCUUGUUCCUUUCACAAGAAAACUUAAGGCCCUUCAAGCUUGGACGGAAAUAGAUUUUUUUUAUGCCAGUCUGUAACCUACACCAGCUAAUGAAAUGUACCAGGAAUUUAAGAACCCAGAAUGUGGUAAGUUUUGGUCAGGUGGAAAGGGCCCCACCAUCCUAUCUUAAUAUCAGGGAUACUUUUGAAAAUUCAGUAAGACUUCAGGGAUUUAGGAAAAGCUUCUUAGCCUGUUCCUUUGACUCCAGCCCUGGCCCUCUCUGUCUCCCAUGAUGAAGAAAUACAGAGUGAAUGGAGAGAUUUGGGAUAUGUUAGAAUACGUCAGAGCUAAUGCAUAGAUUCACAGGUAGCCAGGAGGGGUUACUGCUGUGUCUUUGGAGAAUGUUAUUAAACAUCCAGAUCACCUCUUUUCCAAGCAGCCUUUCCCUCUACAUUUUCCAGCAUCAUUUGCUACAUCAGUAUCUUUUGUGGCCUCUACACUGGCUCCACCAAGGUGAUCCCAGUUUCUUCUUCUUUUUUUUUUUUUUUUUUUUUUUGCAGUGCUCCCAUUUUCUUCCUGUACUCAUCCUUGCCUUCUGUUUAAAGCCUCCAUCUUACUCCCAAUGAUGCUGCUGAUUUAUUCUCAGUGUCUCUAGUCUCUAACUUCCUCUUAAGGCCCUUGUCCUGACGCAAGCAAAGUCUCUGGGCAGCCUUGAAUACAUUAACUGUUCUGUGGUUCAGGUCAUUUUUCACUGGGUGGUCUUAGACAUUUGCUUACCAAAAUUUGAAAUCAUACUGUUGGAUAUGAGGAAUAAGGGGAUCAGGCUUUAUCCUUUACCCCCCCCCCCAAUAUUUUGACUAUGAAAGCACAUUGUGCUCUAUAUUUAAAAAAAAAAAAAUUUAUUUCCUUCUCCUCUGCUCUUCAGUGGAUGUAUUUCUUAAAUGGCUUUUGUAAAUUUCCACAUUCAUUAAGUUGAUGUAGCAGACCUCCAGCACAUAUUUUAGAGGGACACCUGGCAAAUAUUUUUAUGAUGAUUUAUUUUGGGCUUUCCAAACAAUUUGAACUGUUCGAUACAGGUCUGAUGCUAUAGCAUUCAGGUUCCUUUAUUUCUCCUAAUUGCCUUGUAAAAUGCUUUGUUACCGUUUGAUAGCCCACUCUUACCAUGAGGGGUAAACAAGGUAUGCGGGGAUUUGUCCUGGUCUGAAGUUGUAAGGAAGUAUGAGUGGCACCGGAAGGAAGAGGGAUCUGCCUGCCUGCCUGUGUGAGCAGUAUAUCUUUAGGUGACUGUGGUUUUGAAAAAUAGGAACGCGUGUGGAUUGUGGUUGACCCUUGGCCAUUUAAGGUUUGUUGUGCUGAAAGUCAUGGGUUGCUUAUGACAGGUGAUACUGGUACAAGAGGAGGGGUUUAAAGGAAGCAGGUCUGUUCUGCCUUUCCUUCCUUGUGUGCAUGGUGUGAUCAGGUUUCCAUCCCCAUUGUGCAUCCUGGCUAAGGAACUCUCUCAGUGGUAUGCUUUGGGCUUCCAGAACUGUUUUUUUUUUUUUUUUAAAGAUUGCCUUCCUAUCUGCCCACCAGUUCUAGGAUCUUUAACCACCUCAAACCCAAGCAGUGUGAAUGAGCCGAGACUUGUGUCAGACGACUGUGUGUUUGGAGGUCUUGAGGCAAACCCUCCCCCUUACAAUGACCUUGGACCAAAGAACCUAAUAAACGCUCAAGCAGUGUGAGGGUGAGGGGAAAUAGGAGUCUAAGCCUCUCGUCACCUUUAUUUCUCUCAUAAACUUUAAUUGUAAUAUUGGAAGAUACAGAAAACUAUAUAAGACGAUGUUGGUAGGCUAUAAUUAACCCAGGUAAUUUGGGAAUAACAUUUGGCUGUAUUUGCUAUAUCCAGGUGCCCUAACUGAACAGCUUGGUUCUCCAGCAAAGAACAUGCUGCUCUAAGCUUGCCCUCUCACUUGAGACAAACUCUACUUGCCAGAAACUCAUUUGAGGCACAUAAAUGCUUUUUCUGCAUGCAGGGCUUCUGCAGCUCCCCCUCAUAAGGCCAGUCUCUCUAUUUCUCCAUUUUUAUUCUAAGGAACAUCAGAUCUGCAUCUCUGAAGGCUUUGACUCUUAGGAAAGUCAGUAAGAACCUCUCAGCUGAGUCUGAGUGAAUCUUUGGAGCCCAACAGAGUUACACUUAAUUUUCAGCAGGGGGUAAAAAAAAAA